GAGUGGAGGGCUGACUGUUCUCAGCAUGGGAAUUUUAAGACAAGAGACGAGAAGGCUGUCGCUGCAGCAGCCAUUGUCCUGGUACAAUAGCCUUUGCAACGGCCCAGGAGCAGCUAGUGGCGUCCGAUGGAAGCCGGAGCCUGCAGGAUUCUGGAGACUGGUUCUGGAUUCCUGCCUGCCAAGAGAAGACUGUUAAGUAAGACAGACUUCUGUGCUCCUGACAAGCUACUUUCAGAAUUUCAAGACUGGGCUGACUUUGGGACCCUGAGGCUGUCUGAUCUCUUCACUUGUUCGACAAGACCAGGAAAAGAUUUUGCCUUCAAAGAAUGGAGAAGAUAGGGAGAUCAUGAAGAAAUGGACUCAAAAUCAUAAGACAAAAGAUUUGCCUUCCAACUAUACUGACUGGUCCCAAGAAAAGGAAGGAAAGCCCCAAAUGCUGGUACCAGUUGCAUUCAGGGAUGUGGCUGUGAUCUUCACGGAAGCAGAAUGGAUGAGUCUGAGCUUAGAGCAAAGGAAUCUAUACAAAGAAGUGAUGCUGGAGAAUUACAGGAAUCUGCUCUCAUUGGCAGAACCAAAGUCAGGAGUCUACCCUUGUUCUUCCUGCCUACUGGUCUCCUCUUGUCAGCAAUUCCUCAGCCAACAUGUGCUUCAGAUCUUCCAGGGCUUAUGUACAGAAAAUCACUCCCAUCUGGGGAAUUCCAGCUCUGGGCAUCAGAAACCACAGGAGCAUCAAUAUUCUGAUCAGAGCUGCUGGAGUGAAAAUGCAGAAGACCGAGAGAGAGAAGGUGGCUCCAAAUCCUGGUAUGCAAGGUCAGAGGAGAGAGAGACGUCAAGGGCAUUCCUCAGCCCACACCAAGGACAGCCAGCAAGUCCUAGAGAAGGCAACAUGGUGGUAGAAAUAGAGCUCCACUCUGCCCAAAAGGUAAACCCUGUGCAAUCAGACAAAGGAAUGAAGGAAUUAGAAAUCUCAAGAUUUGGAGCAAUCAACUGUAGAGAAUGUGAGCCAGACUCUAGCCCGGAAUCAAACUUCAUCAGAAACUCAAGGCCCUUCCUAGGGGAGAAGCCUUAUGUUUGCAAUGAUUGUGGGCGAGGCUUUAACCAAAAGUACAUGCUCAACAAACACCAGAGAACACAUUCAGAAGAGAAGCCUUACUUGUGCAACGAGUGUGGGAAAAGCUUUAGAAAUAAGUUCAUUCUUAGUAGACAUCAGAGAACACACUCAGGGGAAAAGCCUUAUGUCUGCAGGGAGUGUGGACGAGGCUUUAGCCGGAAGUCAAAUCUCAUCAGACAUCAGAGAUUACAUUCAGGGGAGAAGCCUUUUUUCUGCAGGGACUGUGGGCGAGGCUUUAUCCAGAAGUCAAAUCUCAUCAAACACCAGAGAUUACACUCAGGGGAGAAGCCUUUUUUCUGCAGUGACUGUGGGCGAGGCUUCAGGGUGAAAUCAGAGGUACUUAUCCACCAGAGGACACACUCAGGGGAGAAGCCUUAUGUCUGUAGAGAAUGUGGGCGACCCUUUAGCCAUAUAUCAAAUCUCAUCAAACACCGGAGGUUACACUCAGGGGUGAAGCCUUUUGUUUGCAGUGACUGUGGGCGAGGCUUUACGGUGAAAUCAGAAGUACUUAUCCACCAGAGGACACACUCAAGGGAGAAGCCUUAUGUCUGCAGGGAGUGUGGGCGAGGCUUUAGCUGGAAGUCAAGUUUCAAGAGACAUCAGAGAACGCAUUCAGACGAGAAGCCCUAUGUCUGCAGGGAAUGUGGACGAGGCUUUAUCCAGAAAUCAAAUCUCCUCAAACACCAGACUGUACACUCAAGAAAGAAGCUUUUUGUUUGCAGAGUCUGUGGGCAAGGCUUUAGGGUAAAAACAGAAGUACUUAUCCACCAGAGGACACACUCAGGGGAGAAGCCUUAUGUCUGCAGGGACUGUGGGCGAGGCUUUAGCCAGAAGUCAAAUCUCUUCAGACACCAGAGGUUACACUCGGGGGAGAAGCCUUUUGUUUGCAGGGACUGUGGGCAAGGCUUUAGCCAGAAGUCAAAUCUCAUCAGACACCAGAGGUUGCACUCAAGGGAGAAGCCGUUUAUCUGCAGUGACUGGUCCAGACUUUAGGGCAAAAUCAGAAGUACUUAUCCAUCAGAGGGCACAUUCAGGGGACAAGACUUAUAUCUGCAGAGACUGUUGGUGAGGUUUAACCAAAA